GUUCGCGCUUAGACGUCAGCACGUUCACAUCAGCUUGCGCUUGAUUCAAAGUAUAAGCAAAGCAUAAGAGAAUCGAAAAAAAGAAACAAAAAAAUCAAAUCAUGAGUCACAAGUUGGUUUUGUUGGCUUGCCUGGCCGUCACCGUUUGCAGCGCUGCUAAGGUGCCUAUUGCCAUUUACUAUGAGUCCCUGUGCCCGGACAGCGCCAAGUUUAUUACGGAGCAACUGUAUCCGGCUAUGCAGACCGAGCUGCGCGAAUCUGUCGAACUCACAUUUGUGCCCUUUGGCAAAUCCCAGUUUGUCACACAAGGCGCCGAAACAAUGUUCACCUGUCAUCAUGGGCCGAAUGAGUGCUAUGGCAACCGGGUGCAUAACUGCGCCAUCGAGCACAUCCAGGCCAACUCGUACCAGAUCGAAUAUACACGCGAGUCGCUUACGCUUAACUUUAUCAACUGCCUGAUGAAGGCGGGCAAGAAUUUCCCGGAUAAUGUGUAUCCGGGACAGCGUUGCGCCACCGAGAAUCACAUCAAUAAUUGGGAGAAUAUCAAGAUGUGUGCCAACUCCACCGAUGGCAGUAAUCUGCUGAAGAAGGCUGGCGAAACCACCCAGAGGCUAAAGGAACCGCUGACCAGUGUGCCCACCAUUCUGUUCAAUGAGCAAUUCGACAAGGAUGUCAACCAGCGCGUCCAGGUUAACUUCCUCGGCACCCUCUGCAAGUAUGUUUCGGCGCCCCAACCACGCAUCUGUUCCGAGCAUAACGGCGCAUCGGGUCUGGUUGGUGCCGGCAGUGCCCUUUUGGGCUCCCUGCUGGGUCUGUGGUUCCUGCGCUACCUUUACUAAGUGGGCUAAGUGGCUAAGCCUUAAAUGUUACAUUUAUAAUUGCAUUAUUCUGCAGUCACUUUGAAUCUCUACAAUUUGUAUAUUGCCCUUUCCGAUCCAUCUGAAACUCAAACCGUCCAAUACUAUCUCAAGUAAGCAGCAGAUAUGCAUGAGCAGCAAUAAAAAUAGAGAUCUAAAGUUAA